AUGCAUAUUGUUUUUAAUCGAAAUAUUUAUACAGAAAAACCUUAUUUAAUUAUAUUGAUACAUUUUCUCAUUUAUAUUUUACCAGCACUUAAUCUUAUUGUUCAAUUUCUUACCGAUUGGUCACGAAUACAACGUGGAGUUGAUGAAUCUUGUGACAUAAUAUAUUUAUCAUUACCAGUUCAAAUAUUUAAUCUAUUUUUCAUCUACAUUAUUCCUCUUGUUAUUAAUAUUAUCAUUCUAGGCCUUGGUAUACGUCAUGUUAGUUCAAUACAAGGUGUUAUCAGUGGACAAAUUAUCCUUCAUCGUCGUAGACGUCAAAGAAUACUUUUAUUGAAAGCAAUAGCCUUUUAUUCUAUUUGGCUUAUUUUAUGGAGUCCAGAUACACUUGCUUGUCAAUUUGUUGAUGUCAAUAGUGACCCAGGUGUUUUCACUGUUUUGCUGAGUUAUAUACAAAUAGCCUUAGAUCCAUUUCUUAUUGCAAUAAUUGACAUUCGUUUUUUGAUAAAAUGGCGAACAUUAUGGAAAAAAAUAAAAAGAAAUCGGCGAAUAGACGCUGUUGCACCAUGA